AUGGCGGUUGAGCCGACGAUGAAAGCAGAUGUUGGAGCAGCGAUAAUGUUAACGUCUGGCGCCAGCGGACGCGUUAACGCGUUGUUGUCGCUGCGGGCGCUGAAGAGUUUGGCAAUGCUGAUCAAUGCGUUUGUGUUGCUUUUGCUAUUGCCAUUUCGCGGUCGAAAGCGUUGCAUGGCAACGUCUCCGUCAAUGAUGGCAUCGUCUUCGUCGUCCGCGUGUUCGGAGAAAGGUCACAAUAAGGAGGAAAAAGUACACGACAAGAAGGGUAACACGGUGGCGAGGGUGCCGGCAAGGAUUGUGCCGUGGAAGAGCAGCAGUGCGGUGGUGGUGGAUCAGGAGGUGGCCGCCAGGAGAGCGCUUGCCAUUCGGAGGGUGGUGCUGGAUGAUAAUGAUGGUGAGUCGGUGAGGGAGUUUUCGCUUUUUGUUACUUCGAGAGGAGACACCAUGUUUACUCAAUCCUGGACUCCAGUUUCAUUCAAAAUCAGGGGACUGGUGGUUCUGUUGCAUGGCCUGAAUGAACACAGUGGCAGAUACAGUGAUUUUGCCAAGCUGCUGACUGCCAAUGGAUAUAAGAUCUAUGGAAUGGAUUGGAUUGGCCAUGGUGGAAGUGAUGGGCUGCAUGCCUAUGUUCACUCUUUGGAUGAUGCUGUUGCUGAUAUGAAAUCAUUUCUUCGGAAGGUUAUAGCUGAUAAUCCAGGGCUUCCAUGUUUUUGCUUUGGGCAUUCCACUGGUGCAGCCAUAGUCCUCAUGGCUGUACUUGACCCAAAGGUAGAAGCUUGCAUAGCAGGUGUUGUGCUGACUUCACCUGCAGUAGGAGUUCAGCCAUCGCAUCCAAUUUUUGCAGCACUUGCCCCUGUUUUUUCCUUCUUGCUGCCAAGAUACCAAUUCAGUGCUGCGAACAAGAAGGGCACGGCCGUUUCUCGGGACCCAGAGGCACUCCAGGCAAAGUAUUCAGACCCCUUGGUGUACACUGGAUCCAUCAGAAUGAGAACUGGUUAUGAGAUUCUUCGAAUUGCAUCUUACUUGCAACAGAACCUGAGCAAAGUGAAAGUACGGUUCCUAGUUCUCCAUGGCACUGCUGAUACAGUAACUGAACCAGAAGCUUCUCAAAAACUCUACGAAGAGGCCUCCUCAACUGACAAAACCAUCAAACUGUAUGAAGGGUUAUUACAUGAUCUGCUCUUUGAACCUGAACGAGGAGAAAUUUCGAAGGACAUUAUUGAAUGGUUGAAUUGUAGAACAUAA